AUGAAAGUAAUACAUAUUUUAUUGAUAGUUUUAUCACUAUCUCUAAUAAAAGCAGAUUUGUUUGUUAAACUUGAUUCAACUUGUGGAUCCACUUGUGAUGGAACAUCAUCCAAACCUUUUACAAAUAUUCAAAGUGCAAUUAAUUCAAUUUCUUUAACUCAAAGAAAAAGUACGAUCAUCCAAUUGAAUGCAGGUACUUACACUGGUGUUCUCAAUACUGGUAUAAAUAUCGACAGACCAAUUAAAAUUAAAUCAAUUGGAGUGGUAAUAAUUGACUGUAAAAAGACUGGAAAUGCUUUCUUUGUCAAAGAUACAGAAUUUUUAUUGAGUGAUGUAACCAUUCAAGAUUGUUCUUCUUCUCUGGGAGGUGCUCUAACAAUUGAAAAUUCAAUGACAACCAUCACAAAAACAACGUUCACUGGAAAUAUUGCUUCAUUCGGUGGUGCAAUCUAUUCAAUUUCAAGUAAUAAUGUAAUUUAUUCUUCUAUUUUUGAUAAAAAUGUUGCUUUGGAGUUAGGAUCUGCAAUCUAUUCGAUUUCUUCAAAAUUCCAAAUUCUAUCGACAACAAAAUUCACUGGAGCAACUAAUGCAAAACCAACAUAUAUUGGAUGUAAAAAUUCAAACAUCAAACUUGAUGAUCAAGUUGAUAUCACUCAAUAUAUCACAUGUGAUAAAGGAUGUCUCGCUAAAUAUAAAUCAAAAUCAUAUUGUGAUUCUGCCUCUGAUACUUGUUCAUUUACUGGCGUAAUUCCAAGUAUUGUUGACGAUACAACAAUAUUUACAACAGGAAUGUUAUAUGAAGCAUUUUAUGAUGUUCUAAAUCCAUCUGGUCUUUUAUUCAAAAAGAUUGUUCCAGACAAUACAAUUGAAGAUUUCUUGAAUGGUCAUGAAGGAAAGGUUUAUGGUGUUCUAACUGGAUAUUUACACAUGGAUAAUUCAAUGAAAGUUAAAUUCAGAUUUGAAGGAAAGAAUCUUGGAUUCUCUUUGGAGGUCAAUGGUGUCAAAUAUUUGGAUGUUGCUCAAACAAACAAUUUUGAUUUCCCAUUUGAAAUCUAUUUGGUUUCAAAAGUUUCUCAUCAAAUUCAAAUUACUUUAAGUUCGGAUACAACAGGAGUUGGUCGUUCAUUCAAAUUGUAUCAAAUCUCACAUGAUUACAGAAUAUUCUAUACUAAAAAAAUUUGUGGUGAUGGUGUUCAAGAUGAUUUGGAUUAUUGUAUUGAAGACUCAUAUUCAAUUUAUGAUCCAACAAAGCCAGGAGAAGACAGAGUUUGUGGUGACAAAGAUUACCAUUUGAACUUCCAAGAUUGUUUCAAUGAAAUAUCACAAAAUUGUGAGAUUCCAAAGAAGAAAGAUCAUAUCAGUCCUCUUGGAAAUGUUGGUGGAAUGAUUGGUGAUCUUGUUGAGAAUCAAUAUCUUUGGAAUGUUCCAGGAUCUGAACAUUUCACUUAUGGAAUGAGUAUUCUCAGUGGACAACCAUCAAAAGCACCAGUAUUCCAAUUUGAUUAUUGUGUUGAAGUUGCCAACAAUAUUCUUGAAGAUCCAUACAGAAUGAUGGCAUAUGAAAUCCCACCAUCAUUGAACAUCAAAUCUCUUCCAAUAUGCACCUAUUCAACCUCCACAAAAAUGUAUAAUUCAUUUUCUGAAUAUCAAACAGAGUUCCAAUUAGAAGCUGGAUUGAAAACUUCAGGUGAUAUCAAGUUAGAAUUGAUCGAUUUCAAAGGUGCAUUCUCACUUGAAGGAUCAAUUGAAACAGCAAGAGAUCAAUCACAAUCAUCGACCAAAAAUAUUUUUGUGACAGAACUCAAUUGCACUACAACAUAUAUUGAGAUGGAUGAUCAAAGAAUCAGAUUCCAUCCAAUGUUCUUGAAAGAUCUUGCAACAAUCAAACAAGAAUCAGAUCUUUUGAAAAUAUUUGAUAAAUAUGGAACAUAUUAUUAUUCAAGUGCAUAUAUGGGUGGAAAGUUGGUUCAAAUUUCAACAACUUCUGAAAGUAUUGACACUGAUGAAAAGAAAAGUAAAUGGAGUAUUGCUGCUGAAUUAACUUUUGGUGCCUCUGCAAAUGUACCAGGUUUUAAUGGAGAAGGAAGUUCAAGUAUCAACUUUGGAAUGUCAUCUGAAGAAGAGUCAAUGUCUGAAGUUGAAAGUAAAUCAACAUAUUCAAGUAUCAUCACUUACGGUGGACCACCUGCGUCAUUUGCACCAUCUGAUAGUUUCCAAGCCACAACAUAUCGUGGUUGGUCAUCUUCAAUCGAUCUAUUACCAGUACCAAUUGGAUACAAUGUCAAACCAAUAAGUGAUUUACUCAAAGAUACUAAAUGGACCAUCAAACUUGGAUCAAAAACAUCCGAAGUUUUUGAACUUUGGGAAAAUAUGGAGAAGAUCUAUUAUCAAAUGAAUCGUAUCAAUCCAAUUCAACAACCUCAAGAUUUCAAAUAUUCUUUGAUUUUUGAUUUCAUAAGUGUUACCAAUCUUCCACAAUCGUUACCAGGUGACAUAGAAUUGCAAGUUAAAUGGACCAACAAAGCAGUGACUGAAAUAUUCAAAACACCAAUUAAAUUUGUGUAUUAUGACCCUGAUGGAACCGAAACCGAAUACCUUUUCCCUUAUUCUUACCAAACAGCCAGUCCAAUAGAUCCAAGAUGUGUUAAUAAUCCCAGUGUUUCGCUCUCCGGAACCGCAACCGAAAGUAAAACCUGUGAUCCAACAAACAAAGUUACUCCUACACUAUUCAGAGUUGAUUUCUAUGGACCAAAUUUCAUGGAGAGUGCCAAAAAACCUGAUAUUUAUAUAUUUGGAAUUAAUUAUAUAGGUGAAUCAACUCUAAUUUCUUGGUAUACUGGUGAAGCAAUUAAAUUAAAAAGAACAACUGGAGUUGAAUCUGUUUUGAGUACCUUUAGCCCAAAUACUGGAAGAGGAAUAUACCAAUUUGAAUCAGCUCGAACAACAUUGACUUCGACAACAAGCGACAAAGGUUCCUUUGAAACAUACAUUGGAACAGCUGGAAAUUCAAGAGAUUCUUUCUAUAACUAUAUUUACACAGUUUCAAAAGCCAAUUCCAAAGAUUUCAAUUUCUACAAUAGAUUCAGAAUUGAUAUUACAUUGUCAUCACAAAAGGAUAAACCUGUCACAAGAUUCUAUACAUUCCAUAGAGAAUGGACUGGUGCAUCACAAUUCAGAGUUGACUACCUUUUAUACACAGUGAACAACAAAACUACCACUGAAUGGAAAUCAAAAGUUUACUAUUAUCAUAUUCUCGAGAAUCCAGAGCUUCAAAGUUAUAGCGAUCUAGUUGCUGUUGACAACUACUUCCCAUUGAAACCAUUGAAUAAGGAUGUACCCUCCAAAUGGUUCUCUUUUGACAAUUACAACCAUCCAAGAGAUGGAGGAAGUGGAACAAUUGUCGAUCCAUUCAACUUCAACUCACCAAAUCCAUCUGUUGAAUUCUAUGAAUUUUCAUCUUAA